CCUGCCCUGAUUGCGAUCGCUGGAGUGCCCUGACUAGUACCUCCAUGUCGAUCUAGAAAUGCGACCCCGAAUUCUUGUAUCCUGGUCCCUGUGUGCAGUACGGUUCACCUAGACCCACAGAAACCAGGCCCGAAGAAAGCAGAGCUCAACAUCUCGGGGAAACAUACACUUUCUGAUCGAAGAGCUGACUGCUGCUAUUACCGUCCAUCUGCCGGUGCGAGCGUUUGGCGAUCAAACCGACUCAAGAGACCGACUGCAAUCAUGUCCACCUUAUCCCCGCAGCUCGUCCAGAACGAGUCGCCGACCGAUGUGACUUUCUACGAUUCCACUUACCACGACCCUUACCUCUCGGCCCCAUUGGACCCGGAUGAAGCCUCUUUCAAGUCCUCCGCCAUCAGACUGACACCUGUCGGUGGUGAAGACCAUAGCACAGGGCACCUGUCGUCUCCUCUGAACAUUCAGACGCAUAGUAACAUAGCCGACGCAAACAACGAGGACCAAGCAGCUUCCUACUCCGAGUUCCUUAGUCCAACAGAGGAAUUUUCAAGUGACAUGAGUGCCCACACGUCCCCUAGUGCUGACAUCUUGUCGGCGGGCUUUAGCAUGGACAUGGAUUUGGGGGCCAGUGGUCUGCACCAUGAUAACGGCAUGGCUCUGGACGUACAGGAUAUUGAACCCGAGGUGUUUAGUGCCUCAAUGGGCGAAAUAUCGUCUCCAUCAACCAUGCUGUCGCCUCAGCCAGCUAGCUUGAACCACAUUAGUAGCCCAAGUUUCCUGCCAGAUCCGGGCAGUAUCAAUGUUCAGGCUGAUCAUGAGACCUUGUCUCGCCAACCCCAACCGCUGUCAUUAAUCACGAGUCCGCCCAGCGAUAAACUCAAUGUCCAAGCGGUCCCUGAGUCGGCCAGGGCAAGAAGUCCGAUUGUCAAGAUUGAAAGCUACUCCCGCGGUGAUUCACCAGUCCGAGAUGCCUCUUUGACAGGGCGACGGCGGAGCCUGUCUUCCACACAUCUUUCACCAAAUGACAUGACUAGUGAAUCAGAACCCGACGGCUUGGAAGAAGAGUACCGGGGAACCGGUCUUAACUACACGGUCACACGCGCGCAGGAUGGCUCUUGGAUUCCCAGCAUGGCCACCGGACAAGCGGGUGUUGGGCCUUCAUCACGGGAAGACAUUUUUGUCUUGAGUCCGAACGAUAUGGAGACUCGGCGACGAUUGGAUGAGAAGAAUGCCGACAUUCAAUCAUGGUCAGUAUCAGUAAGCGCUGCGAACAGUGAGGCAGGGGAUGAUGACACCUCCUUGCUUUGUGGCAAUAGAGGGCACAUGGGAGGCAGGCGUAGGGCGAAAAGUGCUGGAGAUCCUUCACUUCAGCAGGAUUACUUCAAUUUGAAAUCUCGGUUACUGGGGCCUGCUAUUCCGGGGCCUGGCCUUCUGCUCCAUGAGAGCAGUGAUGACGGGAUUAGUGAAGGCGGCUCGGAUGGUGCAGAGAGCCGAUCUGACUCCCCGGCCGUCAGUGUCAACGAGGCGAGGUGGGCACAAGGGGACACGGAACUCGCCCCUGCUCCGGAACAGCCCAGGCCCGAAGAUGGGGAACCAUCACCCCAUCAAUUCCUUGGGGCCCCUCCAUGGCGAGACUCAGCUCACGACCUAUCCCCCCGAACGACACGGAUGCAGCCUUUGAGCUCGAGCGCAGCGAUGGUGGAAUAUCAGCGACGAGCCAAGGACAUUGACACCGCAUCCCGGUCGGCAACCUGGGGCACACGACACCUGAAUGAUGCAGAAGUCAACAGUAUCAUUGGCCCGGGCGGCUCCUUUGAGACCCUGUCUAUUAGUAACGAUAAAAGCAAGAAGCACGAGAGGAGAAGUAGCCUCCGUAAAUUUCUCCACAGGAAGCCGUCGUCCAGCAAUUUGAAGCGGCGGCUAUCGGAUCUUUCGAUCAUCCCUCCCAGCACGGAGGGCGCCAGCAAAGGCGACGAGGCCAAGAGUCCCCCAGUGAGAAAGGACAGCUUCCCGCAUCGACUGAGCCUUGGUCGAUCUAGAUCACCUAGCCUGAGCACUGGCGGUGCUGUGAUUGCCAUUGCCGGGCAGAUGGCCGCUAUCGGUGGCAAAGACUCACUCAGGGCUGCAUCACCGAACUCAGCCACAGGUCAUUGGCCGCAUCUCAAGGUUCGGGGAAGGAGCAGAAGUGAGCUACCAAGGGCUUCAGCACCCGGUUUGAUUGACUUGAUGACAAGUCACGGUGGACCGCCUGUCCCCAAUAUCGCCUACUCGCCUCGAGCGGCUGACCAUGGCGGAGCCACGCAGAAGAGCCCAAAGGUGACCCACGCUGUGGGCAAUGCAGAUGAUGAAGAUGAUGACAUCGUGGAUGAAAAAGGGUUGGUGAUGCAGUUUCCGGUUCCGUCGCAUUUGCCGGUCCCUACGCUCGAGGGUUUCAGGAACCAGAUUACCCAGUUGAACCCCCGACUUCCACCCGCAUUGAUUGACCGCCUUUCUCACGAGCAACUUCGUCGGUACCGAAAGCUGGUCGAUAGUAAACUCAGCCACACUCGCGCCGUUGAUCAGAAGAAAUGCCCCUCCGACAAUUACUGCUUUGCGUUGGGUGGCGAGGCUAAGUUGUUAGCACCUCGCACUAGCCCCGAGGCUGCGCACACGCAGUUUCAUAUUCCCGGCCAUGGGGAGAUCGAUGACGAUCCCCAUAAGCUUGGAGAAAGCGCAGUCACUGCGGCGCAGUUUCCCCCGGGUGUGCCCUUGCCACCGGUCAAGCGGUUGCCGGCGGAGUUCGAAUGCCCGGUAUGUUUCCAGGUCAAGAAGUUCCAGAAACCGUCAGAUUGGACCAAGCAUGUCCACGAAGAUGUGCAGCCAUUCACUUGUACCUUUCCUCACUGCUCAGACCCCAAAUCAUUCAAGCGAAAAGCUGAUUGGGUCCGACACGAAAGCGAGCGACAUCGACAGCUGGAGUGGUGGACGUGCACGGUUCCUGAUUGUCAUCAUACCUGCUACCGAAAGGAUAAUUUCGUGCAGCACCUUGUUAGGGAGCAUAAGAUGCCAGAACCCAAAGUCAAGAAAGCGAAAAGCCAAGGCUCGGCAAGCAAAACAAAGGCUGACCCGGGUUCCCCGAACCUGCAGGAAGAAAACAAUCGCGAGCAAGAGAUUGAACAGCUCUGGGACUUGGUCGAGCGAUGUCGGCAUGAUACCCUGAAAGGUCCCAAGGACGAACCGUGUCGCUUCUGCGGCAAUGUUUGUAGCAGCUGGAAGAAGCUAACGGUGCACUUGGCUAAACACAUGGAACAGAUCGCCAUGCCAGUUUUGGCGCUUGUAAAUGAGAGAGAUCUUUCAUCGAACGAGACUACAGGGCCUACUAGUGGUGGGCCAGAUGCUGGCCCCGAUCCAAGGACCUCCACGCCGGAAGCCACCCGUUUCAUGCCAAGGUUGGAUGGAGUCGAAGGGUCCUCGGCGGUGUCGACGCAGGCACCAUACGCCAGUAACAAUGCCGAGCGGCUUCAGGAGCCUAUGAUGUCGUUCAAUACAUCAUAUUCCCCCCACUUGACAACCAUGCCUGGCGGUUGGAUCUCCGCCGAGCCUGAGUCAAUUGACGCGUACGAUGAUGCGCCCGCAAUCCUGCCAGGGGGGGCUGUGGACCAGACGCGGCUCAUGCCGAUACAUCAAAACUCGGUCACCUAUCCGCCCCCUUUUAACGCUGGCCCUCGACUCCGAGUUCCCAACCAGAACCUCAGUGUAUUGCAAGACCCGUAUAGUUUUUCCCUAUCCCCCACGGAGAUGCAGCCCGCCUACGAUCAUCAGGGGCCGGUUUAUGUAUCACCUUCGGUGGAGAACGGCUAUGGGUACCAGGGAUCGAUGCCGCAGGCUAUGCCUUACGUUCCGGGAGGCUACCGAGAAUAGCCCUAAACCUCGAUCUGGAGAGGAGAUGCCACAACGACUCACGGGACUUACGACCCUAGCGCAGCGGUUGCAGAUCGUGGGGGAGGGAGGUUGUUGGAAUGUGGUUGAAACGGUCGCCCAAGGACAGUACUCCGUAGUUGCAAUUCAACUACCCGAUGUCAACCCUUUAUUUACUCAUUUAUUAUUUUUCCCCAUAAUCCCUUUUGGGGCUCAUUUCUGUAUCGCUUGAUCUGCAUCCACCUAUAUACCCACCAUUGGAUUGAACAUUGGACCAUUGACUUUUCUUGGGAAGGAAUAUUG